AUGAGCCAAGAGCCAAUUUUCCCAAACCUUCCACCAGAAAUCAUCAUCAACAUCCUCUCAAGACUCCCUAUCAAAACUAUCAUAUCCUACAAACUCGUCUGCAAGCCAUGGCUCGAACUACUCGAGACUCGCGAUUUUGCUGAUUCCCAUUUAUCUAAAUCCCUCCCCGGAUUAAUCAUCCGAAAGUCCACAAUCGACGGCUCGAACUACACGAAAACACUCAAAUUUUUCGAACUCAACGAUGAGUCCGAUCACGAUCGACACCACAAUCUCCACUACAAUUUAGUCACCGAAUUUGACCACGACUCGUUCAUUAGUCACUACACGUGUAUACAAGGCUCGGCUAACGGGCUCCUCUUUUUGCGUGAUUUGAACACCAAACCUAAUACGCUCCACAUAUGCAACCCGAUCACGCGCGAAUAUCUCGAGCUUCGCAGUCGAGAAAAGUUCCUUUACUCUUAUCCCACGAAAGUCACCUACGGAUUCGGAGUGAGCACAAAAACCGGUCGAUAUAAAGUCGUUCGAGUCUUCCACGAAUGCACGCGCGACACCAACACCAAAGCUUUAUUAGACAUUCCCAAGUCCGAAUGCCACGUGUACACUCUCGGGACCGGAUCGUGGAGAAAAAUCGCGCAUGAUCACGCGAAAUUGGAGUACAAUUGUCGUUCGACCGGCGCUUUCUUGAACGGCAAUCUCCACUGGUUGGUGGUGGAUUUAGAGGGCACGUGCCGGAUUUCUUGCUUCGACCUUGAAACGGAACUCUUUCGCACGUUUACGAUUCCAUUCAAUGUGAUACUGAAUAGAAGUAGAUGCCUCGGGGAUUUGUUCGUGCUGGGUGAUCGUUUGUGUAUAUGCGACAAUACGUCCGAGGAUGAAAUCGUAAUUUGGUUGAUGAGGGAGUACGAGGACGAGACAUCGUGGGCUAAGGAGUACGUGAUGAGCAAACGACCAGAUCUUGAUGGGGAAUGUAAUGAAGUCGUUCGACCGAUGAAAGUUUUCAGAAAUGGCGAUGUGUUGAUGGCGUGGGACGAUUACUUCUUGUUCUACUAUUCGGAAAGAGACAAGGGUUCUAGAAGUAUCGCCAUGUUUGAGUGCAUGGGUAGCAUAGACUCGUGCCUUCACAAGCCGAGCUUUAUUCCGCUUACAAACUUUCCUAUGGAGAAUGUAAUGUCAUUUUGA